GAGGGGGACGUCAUGACGUCAGCGGGCUGCGUGCUUCCCUGUUGUUGAGCGUGAUUGUUUACAAGUUGUCGCUUCCCGCGUUGCUCUCGUAAACACAGCUGGAUUAAACAGCUCGGCUCGGCUCGGCUCGGCUCGUUAAUGCCAACCGAAGAUGAUAAAGACGGAGAAGAUCCUUCACCUGAAGAGCAGCCGGGGCCGGAAGGUCCGCGUGGUCCGAGAACAUUACCUGAGAGAGCGCGUGCCCUGCUGUAGCUGCCUGUGUCAGGCUGCCUGCGACAACGACGGCAAAGUGCUGCCAGGAGAUCUGACCCACUACGUGGUGCCUGACGUCGGAGUGGUGGUGGACUAUCUGGAGAUUUUGGAGUUCAGGGAGCUGCAGGGCGUCGUCUUCACGCAGACCGCCUGCCAGGCCGUGCAGCACAGCAAAGGACGCAGGCAAUACAACCGUCUGCGAAACCUGCUCAAAGACCCUCGACAUGACUGCGUGCUGUUUGCCAACGAGUUUCAAGAGUAUUCCUACUGUCCACGCGAGAAGGGGGAGAGCCAGGAGCAGUGGCAGACCAGGUGUGUGUACUCUGCGGCAGUGUGGUACCAUAACCACCUGGCAGGUAUGAUGGAUAUAGUGAUGAUCACAGAGGACCGGGAUGCCAUCGCUCAGUACGGCAGCCUCAACGCUGGAGUGUACGUCAUCUCCGUGCAGGACUUCUUGAGAGACUUCUGGCCGCAGGUUCAGGCCGCUCACGAGCUGUACAGCUCCAUCUCUCAGGCGCUACAAGAGAAGGAGAGCGAGGCGUCGCAGAAAGAGUACAGCGAACAUCUGCCCGCUGAAGUCCUGGAGGCUGGAAUCAAGUCUGGACGAUACAUCAAGGGCACUCUGAAUAUCAGCAAACACCGACCACAGAACGAAGCUUCAAUCAUGACGGACGGUUUGUCGAACAAGAGUACAGAUCUGAGUCGAGGCGUGUUGGUGGACGGCGGUAAGAAUCGUAACCGAGCCGUGCACGGCGACGUGGUCGUGGUGGAGUUGUUGCCAAAGAGCGAGUGGAGAGGGAAGGUGACGGCUCUGACGGAGGGCCAGGGGGAGGAGAAGGGCGGCGAGGAAAACGAGAGUCAGCCUAUGCCGACAGGCCGUGUUGUGGGGAUCCUGCAGAGGAACUGGAGGGACUACGUGGUAACUUUUCCCCCCAGAGACGGGACUCAAUCCCAGAGCAGGAACUCGCAGCGCAUCCUGGCCGUGCCCUGGGACCGUCGCAUCCCCAAGAUCCGGAUCAGUACUCAGCAGGCCGACGCUCUGCAGGACCACAGAGUGGUGGUGCGCAUCGAUUCGUGGGAAAGCACGUCGCUCUAUCCCAACGGUCACAGCGUGCGGGUGCUGGGUCCGGCCGGAGAGCUCGAGACGGAGGUCCAGACCAUCCUCAUAGAGAACGGCAUCCACGUGGCGCCCUUCUCAGACGCUCAGCUGAGAGAGAUGCCGGUCAACUCUCCAGAGAAGCCGUGGACGAUAGAUCCCGCUCAGGCGGCCGAGCGGCGGGACCUCAGGGAGAGUCACCUGGUGUUCAGCAUCGACCCGCGGGGCUGCGAGGACGUGGACGACACUCUGUCGGUGCGAAGCCUCCCCGGCGGGAAGCUGCUCGAGCUCGGCGUCCACAUCGCGGACGUCACGCACUUUGUCACGGAGGGAUCGCUCACCGACCUGGAAGCUCGUUUGAGAGCUACGACGUAUUACCUGGCCGACCGGCGGUACGACAUGCUGCCUGCUGUCCUCAGCGCAGACCUCUGCUCUCUGCUGGGAGGAGUGGACAGGUACGCCAUGAGCGUGAUGUGGGAGCUCGACGCACACACCCUCGCCGUCAACAAAGUGUGGUACGGCCGCACGAUCAUCCGCUCCUCCUACCAGCUCCACUACGAGCUGGCCCAGGCGCUCCUCAACGGGGAGGAGGCGGAGGUGCCGGAGCUGUCCGAGCUCGGGCCCGAGGAGAAGGACGCUAAGCUGGCUGAGCUCACCCAGGCGCUGGAGAUGCUCACACAUGUCGCCAGACAGCUCCGGGCACAGAGGGACCGAGGAGGAGCGCUGGAGCUGGAAGGGGUGGAGGUUCGUGCCCAGCUGGACGAGCAGAGGAACAUCACCGCCCUGGUGCCCCGACAGCCUCUGGAGGUCCACGAGACCGUGGCGGAGUGCAUGAUUUACGCCAACCACUGGGUGGCCCGCAAGAUCCAGGAGACCUUCCCUCAUCAGGCCCUGCUCAGGCGUCACCCGCCACCACGGCAGGAGUUCUUCAGCCAGCUGGUGGACAGCGCCAAGGCCAGGGGGUUCGCCAUCGACACCAGGACCAACAAGGCUUUAGCUGACUCUCUGGACCAGGCUAUGGACCCACAGGACCCGCUGGUGAACAGGCUGCUGAGGAUGAUGGCCACCGCCGCCAUGUCGCAGGCGCUGUACUUCUCCACCGGUCUCGAGUCGCAGGACCAGUUCUACCAUUACGGUCUCGCCCUCGACCGCUACACCCAUUUCACCUCACCCAUCCGCCGAUACGCCGACAUCGUGGUCCACCGCCUCCUCACGGCCGCCAUCGACCUGGAAAGGGAGGCGGGCCUCGGUAAAACAUUAGCCAACAACAAGGAACUGGAAGAAAUGGCUCAGCACAUCAACAACAAGAACAUGGCGGCUCAGCGGGCUCAGAAGUCGUCCACGGCUUUGUUCCAGUGUCUGUACUUCAAAGAGCGAGACCCGCAGACUGACCCGAGCUGCGUGGCCGAUGCCGUCAUCUACUCCAUCCGAAACAACGGCAUUUUGGUGUUUGUGCCAGAGUACGGCGUGAAGGGGCCGGUGUACAUGAAGAAUCGAGACGGUCAGGUGGUGGCUGCAGGACCGGACGGCAGCUGUGAGUGGCAGAGCGGCUCCGUACGGCAACACUCGGACCACAUCAGCACCACCUCCAGCUGCGGCACCUCCACCUUCCGACUGUUUGACCACAUCACAGUUCGUAUUGCUGUCCACUCGGCGCCUUUCCACGGCGACAGUCUCAACCUGGAGGUCGUCAGCAACAAGCCGCACCGCAGCCCCGAGCCCCAGCAGACGCCCUCGCAGGGCCGCAGCCAGCUGGUCCAGGAGGUGGUCCGCCUGGCCGAGGAGGCGAGCCAGCAGGCCCAGGAGAAGAAGGCGGCUCAGCGGCCCAAACUCUCCAAAGAGGAGAGAGAGUUCAGGCAGAGCAAAACUCCCAACCUGUACUCUCUGCUGGAGGAGGUCCGGGAGCUGGCGCUGAUGGACAUGGACACGGCUGCACAGGUUUGUGCGACGACGGCGUAGACCGAGCCGGAGACGAGGUUUUUAAAUAUCAUGAGCAAAGAAUCACACGAACGUCACGAGAGCAGCGACAGAAGAACUGUUCAGAAAUGUUCGUGGUUAUUUAUUAUCUUCACACUUUGUAUCAUCAAGGACAAACGUUUGAUAAUCAUCGAGGUCUCUGAUGAUUUUAAAUGAGAGAAACUCACUGAUGAUGUUGCACUGAUGUUUUAAAUGUGGUGACACUUCAUGAUACAAAUAAGCAGAAUGCAAAAAUCAAGAUGAACAAACUUUUAACAGCAAAAUAUCAAUAUCAGAGCUGAGCGAUCAAAUAUUUGUUCAUUACAAAUACACAAACUUCUAAUAUAAUAAAGUAUACAGUGUGUGUUCUAAUGAUUGAAGUGCUUGAACAGAAAAGUCGUUUUUAUAAGAAAAUCAUGUUUUUUCAUUUUUUGGAUUUUUUAGUUUAAUUCAUUCCUGCAGCUGUUUCACAUUCAGACUCUGACAGACUCAUUUGAACUCAUGCAACAUGUUUGUUUGUUUGAAGUGUCACCACUGAAUUUAUUUUUGUAAAAUGAUUAUUUUGUUAUUAAACCAUGUGGAUGAAUAUUAAACUCUUGUGUAAGUUUGGAGUUUGUGUCAGAUAUAAUAAUUA